AAGUGAAAGUCUCGACUCGAGAGUGAGUGUUGAAUGAGAGUUAGGAUAUCUGUGUGUAUAGUAUAGUAAGUAAUAUAAGAAUAGUUAGACUAUAGUUAGAAAUAUCUGUCAAAAUGUUGAUGACGUUAUCUCGAGCUUGUGUUACACCAAACGACUCAAAGCCGGGACACAAAAUGCCUAAUAAACAAAAGGUUAUCAAUGAUAAUGACAGCGAAGCCGAUCUCUCGGAUAAAGGGAUCAACGCAUUGGAGGAAAUCCCAAAUAUUAUGUAUUCACAUAACAUAACUCGUCUCACAUUAAGCCAUAAUAAAAUUAAAAGUCUUCCGCCAUCGAUGGCAAACCUCUCGAAUUUAGAACAAUUGAAUUUAUGUAAUAAUCAGAUCGAAGAAUUGCCCACUUCUUUGUCAUCAAUGACCAGAUUAAAAGUCUUGAAUCUCGGAAUGAAUCGACUCAAUUCACUGCCCCGAGGGUUCGGCGCCUUUCCAGCCCUCGAAGUCCUGGACCUGACCUACAAUUUUCUAUCCGAGAAGUCACUUCCGGCCAACUUUUUUAUGAUCGAGACUUUAAGAGCACUUUAUUUGGCGGACAAUGAAUUUGAAUACAUACCGCCAGACGUCGGUUCCCUUAAGAACCUACAAAUUUUAGUAUUGCGAGAUAACGACCUCAUAAUCCUUCCCAACGAAAUCGGACUUUUGAUUCGUUUGAGAGAACUUCACAUUCAGAACAACCGAUUGACGGUAUUGCCUCCAGAAUUGGGUCAAAUAGACCUGUGUUCACAUCGAAGUGUUGUCCGUAUGGACGGCAACCCAUGGGUGCCACCAAUUGCUGAUCAGUUGCAGAUUGGAGUCACUCAUGUGAUUGAAUACAUCCGCACCGAUACAUAUAAAUUGUGA